UUUUCUGUAUAUAUAUUAAAAAUCAGUGAAUAUUUGUGAAAGUUUCUUGCACACAUAUAAACGAGAAAUAUAUUUUUUUAUUUAUCCAAACCCUUGAUAUCAAAACAUGAGACAACAAGAGCAAGUAUUAGCCACCACCACAAAGUAAUCAUCUUAAACUCAAACCUCAAAACAAACAAAAGACAAAACCCGAUUAUAUCGAGCACAAACGUCACUUGUGGUUUAGAUCGUCUUCAUCAUCUCCAUAACUUCAUAUUUUCCUCUCUCUUCCUUCUGCUACCGCCUACCGUUAGCCAUGUCUUUGGACACAGUGGACAAGCUGGUGGUGUUCUUGGCCAAGAGAGACGGCAUAGACAAGCUUGUGAAGACAUUCCAAUACGUGGCCAAGCUCGCGUGCUGGCGCUUUGAGGCCACGCAACCGGAAGCCGCCGAUAGGUUCAAGAAGUGGGAGGUCGCGUCCGGUCUCAGCCGCAAAGCCUUCAGGACCGGGAGAUCUCUCACGGGGUUCAAUGCGCUGAGACGAAACCCGGGGGCAACCCCGGUGAUCCGUUUCUUGGCGGUCCUAGCCAAUUCAGGAGAAAUGGUUUACUUCUUCUUCGAUCAUUUUCUUUGGUUAUCAAGAAUUGGUACAAUAGACGCCAAGCUCGCCAAGAAAAUGAGUUUCAUCUCCGCUUUUGGCGAAUCUUUUGGCUACACUUUCUUCAUCAUCAUUGAUUGCAUUUUCAUAAGACAAAGAUUCAAAUCCUUGAAAAAACUCCGGUCAUCCGAUGGACCGAAAGACGAAAUCGGCGCAAAAAUUAGCGAGAUUCGGGAAGAUAUAGUAAUGAGGUUGAUGGGAAUUUCGGCCAACAUUGCGGAUUUACUUAUCGCAUUGGCAGAAAUUCACCCAAACCCCUUUUGUAACCACACGGUUACACUCGGUAUAAGCGGUUUAGUUUCGGCAUGGGCCGGCUGGUAUAGAAAUUGGCCAUCGUGAGAUGUAAUAAAAUCUAAUGGUUGUUGUUUGGAAUGAAACAUGGCAAACGUUGUAACUCACUUGAAUAUAUGAAACAUUUCUAUUUUACAUUA